GUUGUGAUUUGUGGUAGCAAGAAGUGAUGACGAGGAUGACAACUGCACAAAAGCAACGGAGUGCUGCGAGGAUGAGCAGCGGAACCUUUUUCGUGUUGCUGGUGGUGGUGUCAGUGGGCGCACUUCUCCACGGUGCUGUGGGCGCUGCGGAUGAUGCCGAAGCUCGCCAACUUGUUGAUGAGUUCCAGAACAUUGAGCCAUUGACAGCCGCCCUGCGAUCUGUGGAAGUGGGAGCCCUCACUAUGCCCGGCUUCAAGCACAACAAGAGAAUGGUCCCGCACGUGGCAUCCUUAUGCGGCUUCAACAGCAAGGAGAUUGGACGGCUUCGUGAGGUGACGGCCAUUUACGCUGCUGCUGUGAAGGAUCUCGAUGCUGGGAAUGCAGCCAGUGAACCAAAGGCUAGGGCGGCAUUCGAUGGGAUCAUGGCCAUCUUGAACGCGGGGCCUGCGAGUGUGGAAUCAAAGCAAUAUGCCUCCAACGCCCUCAACUACCUUCUCCUUCUCGCACACAAGCAUGGGUACACUGGGCAGCGCCUGCAACAGCUGCACCGUGAACUGAACCGCUAUGACGAUGUCAUUGUCAACUUCUACAGAAAUGCACAUGUCAAGGACAUCACCCUCGGGACUGCAACCGAGGCCGAGGUGAACGCGCACCAAGCAGCAAAGCUCAAGCACGUUGGCGGCAUUCUCAAACGCAUCCAAGCCCUUCAAUCUCGGAUCGUUGGCUCCAAUGACGAACUCUGACACUGUCACACUCCACACACUCCAACACACACAGACACACCCCGACACAACACACACACUCCAACACACACACACACACACACACAUACACACACACCACAACACAGCACACCAACACACACAACACCUUGUUUUGCUGACUGUGCGUUUUCUGUGGGUGGAAUUUUUGUGGGUAAUUUCGAUAAAAUGCCACAACCUGG